AUGGAGAACUGUGACAGUUGUCCAGAGGAUCAGUUUCCAAACCAAGCUCACGAUGACUGUAUUCCAAAGACCCUGAAUUUCCUCUCCUUUGAACAGCCAUUGAGCAUUGCUUUGGUGUCCCUGUCUCUUCUUUUUUCCCUACUUACAGCUUUGGUGUUUAUAAUCUUCAUUAAGCAACGGGACACUCCCAUUGUCAAAGCCAACAAUCGCAACCUCACCUACCUUCUACUCGUCUCACUCUUUCUCUGUUUCCUCUGCUCAUUUCUGUUCAUUGGACAGCCCAAUAGGAUGACCUGCCUCUUCCGACAAACAAAUUUUGGCAUCAUCUUCUCUGUUGCGAUCUCUUCUAUAUUGGCCAAAACCAUCACAGUCAUUGUAGCAUUCCUAGCAUCAACGCCAGGAAGCCUAUUCCACAAAUGGAUGGGGCAAAAGUUGGCCUAUUCUAUUAUCUGGUUCUGCUCCUUCAUUCAAGUAACUAUUUGUGCCAUCUGGCUGAGUACAUCUCCCCCAUUUCCACGUUUAGACAUGGAGACACUCUAUGGAGAAAUGAUAGUCGAAUGUCAUGAAGGCUCCAUCAUCAUGUUUUACUGCGUCUUGAGCUACAUGGGCCUCUUGGCUCUUCUCAGCUUCACUGUGGCUUUUUUAGCCAGGAAGUUACCAGACAGUUUCAAUGAAGCCAAGUUCAUCACUUUCAGCAUGUUGGUCUUCUGCAAUGUUUGGCUGACCUUUCUCCCACCUACCUGA